CUUCUAUAUAAAGAAGAGCCGGCGAUCAACAGAGGAACACCACCGGCGAUCAACGACAAUGAAGGUAGAGGACGUCCUCCACAUGGCUACCGGCGACGGAGAGAAUAGCUACGCCGCCAACUCCAGGAUCCCAAUGAAGGCCAUGCUGAAGAACAGGCCAUUGCUUCAAAGGACCGUACAAGAGGUAUACACCUCGCUCUCCCCUGCGAGCACCAUGGUCGUCGCUGACCUCGGCUGCUCAUCGGGCCCGAACGCUCUCUUCAUCGUCGCCGAGGUUACCGGCAUGAUCUCUGACUACAACCAGAACACAAACGAACAGCGUGGCGUGGAGCUGCAGUUUCUCCUGAAUGACUUGCCCAAGAACGAUUUCAACCUCAUCUUCCAGUCGCUUGAUCAGUUCCAUACUGUCACCAGGAAAGGGGAGGGCGAUGAGGCGGUGACGCCACCGUACUAUGUCGUCGGGCUACCCGGAUCGUUCUACAACAGGCUUUGUCCUAGCCAGAGCGUCCAUCUUUUCCACUCGUCCUACAGCCUCCAUUGGCUCUCCAAGGUGCCUGACCAACUCUCAAGUGGCAACUAUAUAAAUGAAGGAAACAUCCAUAUUGGAAAGACUACUCCGCAUUCAAUAGCAAAUCUAUUCAGAGAACAGUUUCAAAUUGACUUUGAGUUGUUCCUUACACUGCGCUCAAAAGAAUUGAUAAGUGGUGGGCGAAUGUUUUUGAUGCUUCUGGGACGAAAGAGCGAAGAAAUGCUGACGCAUGGGGAAAUUGGCACCGUGUGGGAAUUGCUUUCUGAAUCUCUCCAGUCACUUGUCCUCAAGGGUCGCGUGGAAAAAGAAAAACUUGACUCAUUCAACCUGCCACUCUACGCCCCAUCAGUGGAGGAGGUGAAGGCAGUGGUCAACCACACAGAGCUAUUCGACAUUGAGCAUGUGGGGAUGGUCGAAGUCAAUUGGGACCCUCAAGAUGAUGAUUCUGACGACGAGCACAUGGUGCUUGACCCUGCCAGCAGUGGGAGAAACCUCUCCAUGACCAUCAGAUCAGUGUUAGAGCCACUUAUUGCUGGCCACUUCGGCGAGGGCAUUAUUGAUGAGUUGUUUGCGGUGUAUGCCUGCGUCGUUGCAAAACAUCUUGAGAAACGGAAUGCCAAGUUGCCCAGCAUCGUGGUCUCUCUGAAGAAGGUGAUGCAUUAAAACCUGAACUAGCGACAUGUGCGCGAACGGUUUAUAAGCCAAUAUGUAUGAAUAAAUUAUAUGUCCUACAUGUGUUGUAACUACUACGAUAAGGCCUCAGAUUCGAAUGUAUUUCAACUUCCCAACGGAGGACAUUAAGCACAAAAUACUUAGUAACUGUCCAUGUAAUAUGUUAUAUAUUCUAAAAUACAUGUGCAGGUCAUGUGUGAGGCCGCCACGUACAA